UCCCUCUCAAUUCCCAAACCUUCGCGACUCCACCACGGCACAGGAGAACCAGCUCGCGCCGUCGCACUCGCACGCGCUACUCCGUCUCCCCCCUCUCCCAGGCUGCGAGCUCCGGCCGUGACGGCGUCCAUGGCCCGCGCGCUCUCCUCCCAGGCGGCGAGCCUGGCGCGCCCCCUUGGUGCCCAGCCCCGGCCCGGCGGGGUCCUCGGCCGCCGGCACAGCCACACCCGUCGGCGCGCGGCGGAGGAUCUGGAGAUGGACGCCUCGGGGCCUUUGACUGCGGCGGACGGCGCCGCGGUGUCCCGGCGGCUGGAGGAGGCCAUCGACGGUGCCAUGGCGCGGAUGGCCGAGCCUGACUGGGCGCCGUUCCGGCCCGGGACCUCCUACUUCGCACCGCCCCGGCCCGCCGGCGCGGCCCGCCGGAUUCUCGCGCUGGUGAGCCGCCAAGGCGGGGUGGGGUUCGCAGCGCCGCGGCGAGGGCUCUCCGCCGACGAGGCCCGCGCCGUCGCCGCCGCCUCCCGCGGGUACCCAUGCUCGACCUACUUCAUCGAUGGGCAAUUUCCGGACGACGUGGAGAGCUCAAGGCUGGAUGCCGAUCCUACUCAAGAGGAAUGAAUGGACGGGACUAGCUGUUGCACUGGACUGGAUGAAGUUGGGGGAUCAAGAAAAGGCGUCCGUUUUCAUGUUUUCCUAUUGCUUACUGCUACUGUGCAAAAAUUGAACCCAUGAAUUCAUGAGCUACUAUGUGGAAAUAAAAGCAUACUGAAUUCAUGUGAUCUUUUCAUAUGUAAGACUCAUUGAUAUGUAAAGAGGAUAGUAUGAUUUCAUCAUC